AUGGAGUCAUACGGCUUGCCGCAGGGCGGCUUCCAGCUGCCUGUCCAGCGACGCCUGAGCCGGCUCUAUACCGAUACCAAGAAAUCCUCAGACUUCUUCAAGCAGCCCAUUCAAAGCGCCGAGGACCCAGACAUCAAGUCACUGCAUCGGAAACUCAAGAUACAAAAUGACCGGCUUGUCACCUGGGGUCUGGGCUGGUCCGACCCCGGAAAUGCGGACAUUAUAGAUGACGCCCUCUCGAAAGCAGGUGUCAGCGAAGUUGUUGGGAGCAUCAUGUCGAAUAUCAAGGACAUCCUGGCCGAGGCGGAACCGCUGUGGGCAAGUUCCAGGCGUCAGGCUGGGGAGACUUCCAGGCCCAUGGGGGACAAGAAGAUCCCCAUUGUGCCAUGGGACAAAACUAAGUUCCAAGAGCUGGUCAGAGAUUUGACCACCUGUAUCGACACACUAUAUGACCUGUCGAGAACACGCUCAAGUACAGCCUUGUCUGCCCAGGCCAGGGCCAAAGGCAGUUCCAAUGACGACAUGCGUGCCUUUGAGUCCACCAGGAUGCAGACACCACAGAAGAUCGAACCCCAAACCUUGACCAGCCUGAACGAAAGGCAGCCAAUACCCAUGUCUGAGUUCACCACGGAGACUUCAACAAGAGACAUUGUCUACAUGAGCACGCAAGCCUAUUCUGACUUGACAAGGAACAAUGGAAGGCCAUACACUGCCCUUCUGCUGGAAUAUGCUGAGUUUGAUCCCAUGUUUGCACAGGUGGACAUCAUGCCAGACAUGUCUCGCUUUGAGAAGUUGUCUGCAGGACUACAGACGGAGCCACAACGCUCUCCAGGCUCCUGGACUGGCAUACCUCAGCUGCUGGGAUACUUUGAAGAUAUGAAAAAUGCAAGGCUUGGGCUGGUCUAUCACUUCCCUCCAUCGUUCAAUCCAGUCUCUUUCGAGUCUAUCACCCACAACACACUCAACACUCUCUGCUCCCUGUCGGACCUCCUUGCCAGACCAGACUCUGAGCCACCCCUGGAGGCAAAAUUCCGACUGGCCUUCAACCUGGCCAACACCGUAUUCGAUAUGCAUGCGCGAGGGAUUGCACACGGCAAUCUGGUCAACUCGAAUGUGUCUUUUUGUAAGGCUGUCGGCAUCGAGCCAGGCUUGGGCUCUGGAGAGGUCGAUAUACGGCGCCCUCUGGUAUCCUCUUUCGACCUCUUCUCCGACAGCUUCCAAGAAAGCUCCGCGCCUUCUCCCUCUCUGUAUCGCCACCCCCUCGAUCCCAAGACCACGGGCGAGAAAUCCCUUCUGUCCAACGUUGAUUCGAAGGCAUUUGAUCUCUACUCUCUGGCCAUGCUGCUGCUGUCCAUCGGUCUGUGGACACCCCUUGAGAACUUGGUUGCGACACCGUCGACUACAUCCAUCCCGGAAUCGGUCCUGGAGCAGCUUGCGACUAGAUGCGGUACACUCUACAUGAAAGCGGUGCAGACAUGUUAUGCUGCGGUGGACGACGAGCUCCGAGCAGGGACCGAAAGCAGCCAGGUCAUGACGCAGGUUCAGGUCAAGGCCAGCCGCUUCCUCGAGGCCUGCGCUAUUAUUGACAGUGUUGGUGGGCUGGAAGGUCGUCUUAGCAGUGACCUGGGCGUUCAAGCGCCAACUCGACAGGGUGAGAAACCUGAGACCUCCGUUGUGGCAAGCUCUUCGAGAGACGCCAAGGCACGCGAGGCUGGCUUCUCCGUCUCACCCCAAGUCGAACCACCAAGAGCAACCCCUCAAGCUCCGGAACCGAGGACCAGACGGCCGAACAAAUCUCGGCUUUAUCCGCAAACGGCACUGCCUCCUGAAGCAGUCGAGCACUGGAAUGAUGUGCUCAUGCCUCAAAUCAACCAGGCGCUGCGUCACUUCUACCGAAAGCACCCCGAGUCGGUCGAGAUCUCCCUUGAAUCCAUAGGGGAGUCGGCCAAGGAAACGAGGGCGACUGUCCUGGUAGUGUGCACUUCCGUGUCCAAGGUCAGGGCGAUCCUGAAACGGAAGCUGGGCGCCCUAUUCGAGGGGCCGGCGGGCUUCGCGUUGAAGGUGUGCCGAGGACAAGUACUCCGGUCGCGCAAUGAUGGUACCGGUACGAAGCGCAGCAUGGCCCAGGGAGAAUCUUCUGAAGUAGUGGCCGCGGCUAAUGGAAGCUUUCAGGAGCGCCCAUCGAAUGGAGCCAGCAUAGGAGCCUGGGUUGGCGACCACCACCUACCACCCGUCAGCUUCGGGGGUCUAGUUGUGGUUGACGACAAGACAUAUGGCAUGACGGUCCAUCACAUGCUUGACGACCCCGAUGCAGAACAGUCCACCCUGACGCCAAAGGAGGCCCAGCGGAUCCAGAGGAGCAUGGCCGGCUCCAGGGAGCAAGUGCCCGACCUCGCCGCCUGGUAUGCGCAGCAGUACCCAAGCGAGUCGCCUGUCUCAGGCGAUAGCAGCGAGAGUGAGGAUUACGCAGCCGAGUUCUCGGACGCCGGCACAGAUGUCCUGACCGAAUCAGCGGUCACUAGCGAGUACUCGGAGUCUGACGACGAGGAGGAAGAGGACGAGUAUUCGCAGCCUGGAGACAUACCUGGCGUGGAGGCUGGGUGUGGCGACGGAUACAUAGUCAGCCAGCCGGCCCUGGACGACGUCGACGAUGACUUUUACGCUGGUUCUGAGACACGAGACGAGGACCACCUCGAUAGCUUUACCCUCGGCGAGGUCUAUGCUUCCAGUGGAAUCCGACGGCGGAACGACGAGCGCGGCCUCAUUCACGAGAUCGACUGGGCGCUGUUCGAGUUCAAUGACGACCGCCUGCCCGGUACGAAUUCCAUACCGGCUGGAGUGGAUCCAAAGGAUCGUUCGAUGCACCCCAAGUCCGUACUGCCGGCGACGGCGCUCCCAAAUCUUGAGGUGCAGUGUAUGGCGCGUACGAGCGGUCUGCAAUUUGGUCUUGUUCUGCCCGCUUUGACAUCUGUGAAGAUCUACGGCCGUGUCUCGCCCAGCCAUACGUAUCAGGUGACGAGUUCGGUCUCCGAGAAGACAGGCGGCGGUGGCGACCAGUCAAACCUCCCUCUGGGUCUGCCCGGCGACAGCGGCGCCUGGAUUGUGGAGCGGGACCAUGGACGGGUAUGUGGGCACGUAGUGGCCUUCUCCCAGCGCAAGAAGGUGGCGUAUAUCUGCCCGAUGGACGUGUUGCUGCUCGACAUUGCCGAGACCCUCGAGGCGUCGGUGAUCAAGCUGCCAGGAGGCGAGCCAGUGCGCUAUCACGCGCCGGUCCUGGAAGAGGAAACGGAUCUCGACGCCGAGAUGAGGUCAAUGGCGGCCGCGAAGCGGCGCAGCAUACGGAAGGGCAAGGGGUCCGUCAAGAUCAAGCUUCAGGGCGACGAAGCGGGCGACCGACCAGUCUCGAUGGUGGAGGCCGGCGCGAAAAGAGGGGGUAUGGGCAUGGCGGAGAUUCCGGAGGGCGUGAGGAGAAUGAGCCUGGGCUCGUUUAGGUCCGGUAUCAGGUAA